AAAACAGAGAAAGUAAAUUCUUUUUUUUUCUUCUCCUUAAUUACUUCUUCUACAGAUAUAUCUCAAUCUUUCAGAGCACCAUGGAUCGUUGUAUCUAUGGUUGCUCCGUCAUUACUAUCUUCUUCUUCUUCCUGCUCAAUGCAUCCGCUCUCGAAUCGGGUCACCACAACAUAACCGGGUCGGGUCAAAUCAACUCAAACUCCGUCCUUGUUGCUCUUCUCGACUCUCGUUACACUGAACUCGCCGAGCUCGUUGAGAAGGCUCUUCUUCUCCAAACCCUCGAAGACGCCGUUGGUCGUCACAAUAUUACUAUUUUUGCCCCACGUAAUGAAGCACUCGAGCGUGACCUUGACCCGGAUUUUAAACGGUUCUUGCUCCAACCAGGUAACCUCAAAUCUCUCCAAACGCUUCUAUUGUCUCACAUUAUCCCCAAACGAGUCGGUUCAAACCAAUGGCCUGAGGAGAAUUCGGGUCGGGUCAAACACAUCACGUUAGGGCAUGACCAAGUGCUGCAUUUGAGUAAACUCAAAGGAGCAAAUGGAAAGAGAUUGGUGAAUUCCGCUGUAAUUACCCGACCCGAUGAUUUGACCCGACCCGACGGGUUGAUCCACGGAAUCGAACGGCUUUUAAUUCCUCGCUCCGUUCAAGAAGAUUUCAACCGACGGAGAAAUCUCCGAUCAAUCUCCGCCGUAUUACCCGAAGGAGCUCCGGAAAUUGAUCCGAGAACCAACCGUCUCAAGAAAUCCGCCACCGCCGCCUCAGUACCCGCCGGAUCUCCACCAGCGCUUCCGAUUGAAUCCGCUAUGGCUCCAGGUCCGUCGCUAGCCCCGGCUCCGGCCCCGGGACCAGGAGGUGCGCACAAACACUUCAACGGCGAUGCUCAGGUCAAAGAUUUUAUCCACACAUUGUUACAUUACGGCGGAUACAACGAAAUGGCCGAUAUACUGGUAAAUCUGACGUCACUGGCGACGGAGAUGGGUCGAUUAGUGUCGGAAGGUUACGUCCUCACCGUGUUAGCUCCAAACGACGAAGCUAUGGCGAAAUUGACGACGGAUCAGCUUAGCGAGCCUGGAGCUCCGGAGCAAAUUAUGUAUUAUCACAUUAUACCGGAGUAUCAAACCGAGGAGAGUAUGUAUAAUUCGGUUAGGAGAUUUGGGAAGGUGAAGUAUGAAACGCUGCGUUUUCCUCACAAGGUUGGGGCUAAAGAAGCUGAUGGCUCGGUAAAGUUUGGUUCUGGUGAUCGGUCGGCGUAUCUCUUUGAUCCGGAUAUUUACACCGACGGUCGAAUUUCGGUUCAAGGGAUUGAUGGUGUAUUGUUCCCGGAGGAGAAGGAAGAAGAGACGGGUAAGAAAACGACCGGUCCGGUUAAGAAAGUUGUUCAGCCAAGAAGAGGGAAGUUGCUGGAAGUAGCAUGUAGAAUGCUUGGAGCUAUUGGCAAGGACUCAUAUCUAAGUAGGUGCUGAUGGAUUCACAAACCCAAAGAGAUUACUGAAGAAAAAUCUCUCAAGUGUUAUUGUAAAACACAUACAAAAGGUUCUUUGGAGAAGAAUGUAAGAUUUGGAGGAAGAGCAAAAAAAACAAAAACAAGAGAGGAAUAACAUCAAUGUCCAAAA